AUGGCCUCUGCCUCCAGCAUUCCCUACCACAGACUGAAACAUGAUGAUCUGUUUGGUGACUAUGACGAAGGAGAGAGACUCGCGGGAAGACCAUCAUCUAGAAGUUGGCACAGGUUUAAGAGUGUGCAUCAGAGAAAGAGAUUUAGGGUUAGGAUUCCAAGUUUGAGAAGGUUCCUGAGGAGGAAAGUUAAGCUUGUUUAUGCUGCUUAUGCUAAAUUGCUGAAGAGAUGGAAAGAAAGUCAGGCUAACUUUGGUGAUCUUUUUGCUGGGAAUUAUCUGUUCUUGCAGGUGAAUCCCAAUUCAUUGAAGCGUUUUGAGAAAGCAUAUCAUAGAACUACUACUGGCUUGUCUCCAAGCUACUCUCUGCCAAGAAUUGCUUAA